AUGAAAAUGAAUGACUCCAUGGAUGGAGGCAUGGAUAAUCCUAUGCCCGAAGGGAUGGGUGGUGGCAUGGGUGGCGGUAUGGGCAGCGGUAUGGGCAGUGGUAUGGGUGGUGGUAUGGGCGGCGGUAUGGGUGGUGGUAUGGGCGGUGGUAUGGGUGGCGGCAUGGGUAUGGGUCGCGGCGGUGCAAUGCGAGGAGGUGGAAGAGGAGGUCGCGGUGGUGGCGACAGAAGCAUGGCCAAUAGAUCGCAAGACGAUCGACUGAUGGAGCGCGUCAUGGCUAUCAGUGGACCCACUCAUGAGCUCCCACCACAAGACACGACAGAAAAGAAGUUCAGUGGUCGAAAUCGUUUGUACGUUGGAAAUUUGACAAACGACGUGAACGAGGAAGAGAUUCAGACCUUGUUCCAAAAAUUUGGAGAAAUAUCCGAGUUGUUUGUGAACAAAGAGAAAAGUUUUGCUUUUCUCAGAAUGGAUUAUAAAGCAAACGCCGAUACAGCUAAGCGCGAACUAGACGGUUCAAUGCGUAAAGGUCGUGCUCUAAAGGUACGCUUCGCUCCUCAUUCGUCGACAAUCAAAGUGAAGAAUCUAACGACUUGGACAUCUAAUGAACUCCUUGAGAGAGCGUUCGGUGUCUUUGGCGAAAUCGAGCGUGCAAUAGUGAAAGUUGACGACAGGGGUAAAAGUACUGGCGAAGGAAUUGUCGAGUUUUGUCGGAAACCAUCUGCUCAAUUAGCCCUGAGAAAAUGCACAGAGGGUUGCUAUUUUGUCACAGCUUCUCUUCGACCAGUAGUCGUUGAGCCGUUUGAGCAGCAAGAUGAUGUGGACGGCUAUCCUGACAAGAAUUUACCACGCAAGAAUCCAGAAUUUUUCAAAGCGCGUGAAAUUGGACCACGCUUUGCACAAGUAGGUAGCUUCGAGCACGAAUACGGCACGAGAUGGAAGCAAUUGCACGAAUUAUACAAGCAGAAGGAAGAAGCACUUAAACGGGAAAUGGCUAUGGAGGAAGAAAAAUUGGAGGCCCAAAUGGAAUUUGCUCGAUAUGAACACGAAACAGAACUCUUGAGGGAACAAUUGCGCAUGCGCGAGGCGGAUCGUGAAAGGCAGAAGAGAGAAUGGGAGAUGAAGGAGCGACAAGCCGAAGAGCAGAGGACUCGCGAAGAGGAAUUACGACGGCGCCAACAAGAAGAAAUGGCGAUACGCAUCAGGAGACAGGAAGAGGAAUUGCAUAGACGCCAACAGGAAAACAAUUUGUUUAUGCAGGAACAGGCAAUUCGCAGUGGUGGCAAAAAUUAUGGGGAUUCCGUCAGUAACAAUGAUCGUGAUGGAUACGGUCAACCUGAUGGUGGAAGCGGAAUGCCAGUGGACCCAAAGUCUUUUAUGGACGCGUACAAUAUGGAUCGCGGUAGUCGAGGGGGUUAUAACGAUGAUCGUGGGCAAAUAAUGGAUUUAAUGGAUAUGAGGGUUGACAUGGGUAAUAUGGGUGGCGGUCGUGGAGGUAGUGGUGGUAGUGGACGUUGGCAAGGAAAUGACCGAAAUCGCCCGGAUGAUUAUCCUACCAAACGCCGACGUUAUUAAACAUUAAACAUGCGCAGUACGAAGUCUUACUUCGCUGACUUCUUAACUAAAUCGUACUAUGUCCUUCGUUCAUUCCUCACUUUUAUAUUAUUUACCUUGGUAAUUAACGAGGAAAUGGGCAAGGAGUAGUGUUGAGAGAGAAUUGAAUAUCACUUACGAGUAUGAUGUUUGACAUCAAUGGCAUUAAUGUGCUGAUUUGAGAAAUUCUGCUUGCGAAUGAACGAUGUAUGAGAGUUUGGACUUGAACACAAUUAUAAUAUUUCUUUGAUACUUUGACGGAUUCUGUGUCCUCCAGAUGACAAUUCCUCUUGAGCAUGUAUUCCGAUUAAAUAUCAACGAUAUUAUUGGUGUUUUUACAAAAAUUAACUUUCAUUACUUUAUUAUACUUUUUAGAAAUCUGCUCAUUACUUUAUUAUACUUUUUAGAAAUCUGCUAUAAAUUGCUAUUUCGGAAAUUCAUGCAAAAUAUCAUCAAUUAAAAAGCAAUAGUUAGCAUGCUCCAUAUUUUAUUAGACACAAUUCCGCAGUUUCAUCUUCGACUCGAAUAAAAAAUUAUAAAUUUGAGUCUUUAUAAUUAAUAUGUGUAUUUAUGAUAUAUAAAUAUGAACGAGAUAUGGUCUAUAUGCCCAUAAAUAUUAGACAUACAAUCAUCAAUAAUUUAGGUUUUCAUAUUACAUUUGUAUCACAAUUGAGAUGCAUACAUUUAUUACAAAGCAAGAUUCAAAGUUACAAUUUAUUUGAAGAUUUUGAGAAAUGUAAAUAACAUAAAAAUAUAAUAGCAUAAUUUUUUUGUUCUACGAUGUUUUUGUUCUGAAUAUCAUUGCUCACAGAUUUUUAUCAGAAAUCUGUGUUAUUGCUUUAUUAAAUCGUUCAUUCUAAAUUUGUACUGUAUCAUUUAGUUAUUCUUUCGAUAACAAUAGUACUAUUCAUUUAUCAUUUAAAAGGCUUUAAUUUAAUUUUUUGUUAUUAACUAGACUAGAUUUUUUUGUUAACCUCAUUUAUUUUUUACUCUUUACCUGAAUUAUGAAAGUACUAUCAAUGUAUAAGUGUUGACGUAAAAAUGUCACGAUUAGAACUUAAUUUUCCAAUUAAAAUUUGCAAUACGCUUGAUUUGUCUUGAAAAGUAGUAUUAUGUUGUAUUUCGUAUGUCGAGUAUAGUUGGAUCAUAUACAAAUUUAUCCAUUUUGAAAUAUUUAUCUCAGUAAUUAUCUUAGUAUAUAAGUUACUAUACAUACAUAUAUACAAAUAUAUAUACAUACAUAUGCAGUACUAUUUGCAAAUAUAAUAUUCAAUACUUUGUGAAGAACCUUAAUCUAUAUAGCAGCGUGAUUUAAAAAAAUAAAGAUAUAUAAUACACAAACGUACAUAUCUCUAAUAUCAAUCAGUAUUACUUUAUCUUCUAUGAAUUACGUACAUAAUUGAUCUUCUAUGAAUUAUAGAUUACGACUUUUGCUACUACAUGAAAUAUUACAUAAAAUAUUUGAUGAUCUCUUAAUUUUGCUUUCAGUUCAACGAUUUUCUAUAUCUUCUACAUAGGAAAGGUUUGACAUAUUGAUAUUUUCAGGCAAAGUUUCUAACAAACAUCUUUGGAUGUUAUAUAAUUUGUUCCUCUUUGAAAAAGUCUGCGAAAAAGUCUUAUUAUUUAUUAUAUUUUAUACACAGCUUAGAAACGUUGUAGUUUAUAAUAGUUAUGUUAAUAGACAAGACAAUACGUUACGAAAAUAUAUAUAAAGCAAAGCGGUCUGAAAGUUUCCUAUACUGGUUGAAAUUUUUUUAAUGUAAAUUUCCUAAUAGGUAAUUAUAUCUAAAACAGCUUUUAAAAACUUGAGAAUUUGAAUUUAUGUAAUUACCUAAUUAUAAUUAUCAUCUUAUGUUUUUUUUUUUAUGCAAUAGAUAUGAAGAAAAAGAAAGAUGUUUUUUAUAAGGACUGUAUUGUAAUGCUUGUGAUUAAAAAAUCCUGUACAAUUUUUUUUGUAAUUUUUUUAUUCUAUUUAUACUAUUGGUAAUUUUGUCUAUUCGUUCGAGUCUUUAAGAAUCAUGCAUAAUGAAAGAAAAGAGUAUUUUCCAUCUUCAAGAAUCUUUCACGUUCCAGUGCUUAAUAUUAUUCCAGUGUUAAAUAAUAUUUAUUUAGAAACUGAAUAUAAUUAAUCAAGACUAUUUUAACGGAGAGGAGACUACAAUCACAAGAUAGGCUUACUUACUCGAAACUGCUAAUCAAUGAACUACCUGUUAACGAGAUUAGUGCAGCAGCAGGUUGAAUACAAGAAAGCGCUCACAAAGUAGAGUUUGGUACAUCGAGACAACGCACAGGCUUGAUGUCAUUAGCGAUGAUAGCUUGAUGAUAGCGAAAUAAUAACCUCAUACUUCCAAGGAAAGUCCAGAAUGAAGAAUUAACGCAAAUUGGUCUGAUACAUAGGAUACAUCAGUUAUUUUAAAGAGGAUUACAAGGUGUAUUCUCUGUCAAGAAUACUUUCCAGCAACAAGUAAUUGAAGGCUACUUUAGCUUUACUUAAUAGAAAGCAUUCUGUACGCGAUAUAAUCCAGCGGUUGGAACUAUUAAAAUAUAUAUUGUUUUUUAAAUAUUUGAAUAAAUAUAUUUUUUUUAUUAAAAAUAA